AGUAAAAAAGGCCAGAAUUUUGUUAGCCAAACGGAAAGCCGGACAGUUGGAUUUUGUGCAACUUUUGUUUGGUUUUAUUAUUUAUUUAAGCAAUUUAAUAUUUUGUGCUAUUCCCAUUAGCUUCAAUAACGGCUUUCAAUCGCCUGGGCAUACUUUCUACUAAUUUUCUGCAUAUUUCUGGCCCAAUUUCUUCCCAUUCCUUUCUAACCGCCUCUUCUAAUUGUGCUUUGUUUGUUACACGGUGCACUGCUACUUUUUUCUUCAAAUGGGCCCACAAAUGUUCGAUUACAUUAAGAUCAGGUGAUUGAGGUGGAGUUUCCAACACUUUUGGGCAAUUGUAAAGCAACCACAUACGCGCUACCCAUGAUUUGUGCUUUGGAUCAUUAUCCUGGUAAAACAUAAAGUCUUCAGAUAUUCCCAUUUUCUCAACACUUUCUUUAACUGUUUGCUUUAACAUGUCUAUAUAAUAAAAUUUAUCCAUUAUACCCUUGAUGAAAUGCAGUUUUCCAACCCCUUGAGCCGACAUGCACCCCCAUAGCAUCAAGGAGCCUCCACCAAACUUAACAGUUUUGAUUAAACAUUUCCCCUUAAACGCCUCGUUAUCUUUACGCCAUAUAUAUCGCCGUCCAUCUGAUCCAAACAUGUUAAUUUUUGUUUCAUCUGUGAAGAGAACCUGCAGAAAUGAUCAUCAUAAAUUAAUUUCAACUUAAUUUUCAGAAGUAAAUUAAUUUACCUUGUUCCAAAAUUCAAUAUCUUUGUCUACAUAAGCUUUAGCAAAUUCCAGUCGUAUUUUUCGAUUUUUCUCCGAUAUCAAAGGUUUCUUUCGCGGGGUUCUUGCAUGAAGUUCAUUGCGAUGUAAAUAAUUCCGAACGGUUUGAGCACUUACAUUGAUGUUAUGGACGGCUUGUAACAUUUUUUUAAUAUCCACUGCAGUAGUGAAAGGGUUCUUUUGAAUAGUUCUACGAAUGAAUCUGCCUUCCCUUGCUUGGAUUUUAUACAUGGAAGUGCAAUUUUUUACAGUUUUCUCGACACUUUUAGUAGUUUUAUACUUUUUAAUUAUGUCUUGAACCGUCGACUUACUAAUAUUAGUCAAACUACUUAUUUCCCGAACGCUUUUUCCAUCUUGAUGAUGGGUAAUGAUAAUGUUUCUUUGUAUCAAAGUAGUGUGAGGCAUAAUUAGGAUAAAAAUGGAAUAAUUAUUUGUUUCAAUACGUUGGAAUGCUUGUUACGAGGGCCACGAAUCGACUGAACCAGUAAUAGCACUGUAUUAAGUGUCGAAGCUAGUUUCUGCAACACUUUAGUAGAAGAAAUUACUAAGAAAUCCGACUGUCCGGCUUUCCGUUUGGCUGACAAAAUUCUGGCCGUUUUUACUCUAUUGUUUAUUGUGCCGCUUAGUGACGACUUUUUUACCCGUUUUUUUUACACGAGCUUUGAAAUAAGGUGUGCAAAGCAGAAUUCAUAAGAAAAAAAAACUUUUUUGAUUCCGCAUGUGCAAUAUUAGUUCUCAAAGCUGGACAAAUGCUCAAAUCGCAGGUGUCCGGAUUAGCGAUUGGCCCACUGUACGCUGUCAUUGUGCUGUCAUUCGUUUACAAUUAUAAACAAAACACGUAAAUAAAAAUACGCUGAAGUGAGUAGAAAUUUAAUUUACAAAUUAUUGCACCUUUUGAUAGUUACAAUUUAUUUAAGAGCUGCAAUAUAGUGAAAAAAUUGACAUGGAUGAGCGAUACCGACGAGCGCUAAUAAAUUGGACAGAAGCAUGGGCCAGUGUCGCUCGGCUUCAUAUCCUCCAGCUGCGAAGGCCACGGACGCGCAUUUGGGCUAGGCCGAUGUUGCUGGAACGAAACCAAAAUGCAAGCCAGCUAAUACGUUCCAUUUUGGACGAAGAGCUGGACAAAACCGUCAUUAAUUUUAUGCGGAUGUGCAGAGAAGAUUUUGCGUAUUUGUUGCAGCUAGUAACACCCCGAAUCCGGAAGCAAGAUACGUACAUGCGUGAUGCUAUCACGCCGAAGGAUAGAUUAAUCAUAUCGCUACGUUUUCUGGCUUCUGGCGAUAGCUAUCAAAGCUUGGAAUAUGCUUAUCGGGUUUCUUCACAAUCCAUCUCAUUGUUCGUCCCGGAAGUUUGCGACAGCAUAAUAAUGUUUCUGCGCAAAUAUGUUAAGGUAUUUGAACUUAGUUUCACAUGCAAUGUAGUAUUUGUAUUACAACGAUGUUUAUUUAUAUUACAGCUUCCAUCGACGCGUGAGGAAUGGCUGAAAGUGGCAGAUGAUUUUUACGAGAAAUGGCAGUUCCCUCAUGCUACCGGUGCCAUCGACGGAAAGCAUGUUCCAAUAAAAGCGCCUGCGAAAAGUGAUUCGGAAUAUUUCAAUUACCAACACUUUUUCAGUAUUGUGCUUUUGGGAAUUGUUGAUGCGAACUGCAAUUUCAUGUUUGUUGACGUCGGAUGCAAGGGACGAAUAUCGGACGGAGGGGUUUUACGUACCUCGCGUCUUCAUAACUUGCUAGAAAAUAAUAGAUUACAAAUCCCAGAAGCAGAAAUGCUACGAGGUUCUACUUCCCUUAUGAGAAUCCCGUAUAUGUUACUGGGAGACAAAGCGUUUGCAUUCACCAACAAUUGCAUUCGUCCGUUUGGUGGAAUAACAGACCGCGGAUCCAUCGAACGCAUUUUUAACGAACGCCAUUCGAAAGCACGCCGAACAGUUGAAAUGGCGUUUGGAAUUUUGACUGCGAGGUUUCGAGUGCUGAGAACGCCGAUAGAGUUAAACCUUCAAACUGCCAGCAAAGUUGUACUCACAUGCGUGUACCUGCUUAACUAUAUUCGAAGGAACGUGUCAGGCCAAGCAGCAAGGGAAACGGAGCAUGUACCGAGCGAGCUUAUUGAGUUGCGCGGGAUAACACAUCGCACAACCAACGAGUUCAUGCAAAUUCGUUUGCAUUUGGCAAAUAAAUUUGCUGAUGGCACAAUAUAAAACGCAACGUUGUAGUUCACAGUUCUUUAUUUAAUCCUACUUGUAAUUCGGUAUUGCAAAAUUCAUGAAAAAAAUGCAAAAUUCAUGAAAAAAAAGAAAGAAAAAUACUUAUAGUUAAACUAAAUGCUAACUUAAUCUAAACUUAUAAUUAACUUACAAACUAACUUAUUAUUAAUUUCGUGGAUCGUACCCUUUUUUUCCACGAAUCUCGCGGCAUUCUCCUCCGCAAGCAUGCUCUGUAUUCUCACCAGCAUCGCUUCCUGCCGUAUCGGCGACCAAUCCCGCAUGCUGGCGUAGAGAGGAGCUAAACGGUUUUCCGAUCCCGCCGAUCUCAACUCCAGCGUAGCCUGUGCGACAUUGCCAAGCGCCGCCAUCACUUCCUGGUUGUACUGUAAAUUGGUUUUAUUUCUCUACGUCUAUUUCCACGGAAACGUUUUUAGCUGCGGAUACUCCACAGCGGACCCUUCCUCCUUCGGCAGAUCUGGAACGGAAUUUUGUUCUUCAGGGUGGAAUUUUUUCUUGUGCCGGUCCAGCCCGGUUGAGUAUACGAAUUUGCGCUUGCAGUAAUCGCAACUAAUAUUUUUCGCUUCUACGUUUUUGCAUUCUUACUGUUCUGGCUGUUGCAGAACAUUUUGCCAUUAUUGAGUAUUUUGCGCGAGAGUUUGUGUCAAGACAUCAAUUCCAUUUUUUUUUCUUCUUUUCAACCAUCGUGCACUGCCGGUUUGCUAGCGAAAUCAUAUAUGAAGAAUGGUUUGAAAAAAAAAACGGUCGGAAAUAUGAAUCCUUAGAAUUUAAAUGAUUUCUUACCUUUGUUUUUUGUGGCGUUACAAAUUACAAGUACGCUUUUCUGUGACUAAGCACGCUGGGCUUUGCAGACACGACUGGCACUUGUGACUCGUACGCUACGAAUGAUUUUGGGCUGGCCAAGUUUAGUGUCAGCAAAGCACCGGGGGAAAAAAUCUAUGGUCACUACGAUUGUCAGGUUGACUCGACCCUUGUCUGUUUUCGCGCCUCACUUUACCUGGUUUGAUUGUUGUUUAGCAAGAGCGAGAAAGCAUGAAAGUUGAUUUGGCUAGUUGGUAUUUGGUACCUGUUUCGAUAUGAAGCAUCAAUCGUUUACAAUUUAAAGAUGAAAAAUUUUAAACAUCUGUUCAACACAAGACAAACAGGCACCGGCAUAUGAAAAGGAAGACUCGGUUGGGAACCACUGUACGCCUACUACGAUUGUUUGGUUUCUAUUGAAAAAUGUAUUAUUUCCUGAUCUUUCUUGCAAACGGUUUACAGUCAUCUGUGGUUGCAAUGUUUACUAUAUUUUGUCUGCAUCACAUGAACGAUAUUUUGCAUCGAAUUGUAUGAUUUAUUUCGAUUUAUAGAUCAAGGACUUUUGAUAUAUUGACCAAAGCAACUUGUUUAAAGUAGGCAUAUAAUUUUUAUGAUAAUGAUUGUUUUCAUGUAAUGAAGAAAUUUGUUACGCUGCUAUAUUAUCACUAAAAUUAUCAAACUAACUAACAUAUACAAUAAAAAAAUCAUGAAGCUAACUAACAUAUACUGUUGCAGACGCAACGCCCGACCGAACAGAAAAAACACCGGCUUUUUCAACUUUAACAAUUUUUAUUUUGUACGCUUAAAAUUUGUCCGCUUGGUUGGCCGGUCGGGAUCAAAAAGACCCUCUCCAUUCGGUCACGGAUCGUCCUCUCGAUCCCACGUCACCGUUCGGAUCCCACUCGGUGACAUCUACACCGGCGUUCUCUACCGGACGGUAGCUCCACUUCGCGGCUCCUUUCGUAGGUCCUUCCUCGAUCGCGCCGUCACUAAGUGACAUAUACAGUAAAACAUUCAUGAAACUAUGAACUAAAUAAUAAAAAUAACUAUAACUAAUGUUAAAAAUAAGAAAUUAAUUUAUCUAAUUAUUUUUUUGGCCGGUUCCGGCACACGCUUUUGACAACACCUUCGGCCUUGAGGCGACUGUUGGCAUUUUUUUAUUUCGUUUUAAAAAAUAGUUCAACUAUUAAUUUAUUUGGGGCUGUCCCAUCUGCGCACCCAGCAAUAUAAAAAAAAAUUAUUAUAUUUUUAUUUUUGUUAAACCGGAUUUUUUCAGCGGUCUCCCCAGUCCCGACCAGCUGCGCGUUGUGAGGAAUUCUGCACAAAAUAGCAGAUACAAAGUGUCGUGCAUAAUUUGUUUUGCACUAGAGGAUGCCACAAUAUCGCGCGUCCACACCUGCAGCUCAUGAAAGUUUUUCGGAUCUGCGAGGUCGGCUUCCAGGGCGUCUAACUCUAGUGUUCGGUGGCAACCUUUUCCAACACAAACGUUGGCCGUGCUGGGUGGAAUGCCGUUCGCAUGACCGUUCCAGUGUUCAGGCCAGAACAAGUUGGCCGUAAAUUUUCGGUUAGGACGUCGACGCGGUUCUGCAGCCCAAUAACCGCUUUGGUCAAUUUAUAUGUUUGCCGGUGGUUGUUGAUUAGCGCCGUGCUAAUUCCGGCUUCGCCGAUAUCUUGGCUAACUUGAUCGUUUUCCAUAUCUUCUGAAAUUCUGACAUUAAUCUUUUUCAAGAGCCAUUCGUAAUUACCGUAAUAGUUUAAAAUUUGUUCACUUUUGCCACGAUCACGAUCCGCACGAUAUCGCUGAAUAAAUGUAAUGUUUUGACAAAUACAGUUGCCAAAAUUGAACACGGCGAUAUACAUGUUUUGUUAUUAAUUUCGUGGAAAGAAAUCGACGUUGGCGUAGGUGUGGGUAUAUAAACGAAAACGCGGGGAAGGGUAAGAGGUUGACUAUACGUCACAGGGAAGAAUAUAGAAGCAUAUCAUAAAAAGAGAUAGCAAUACAAGCAAGUGGAACCCGCGAGAGCGACUCCCAAAUCACUCAAAAGAGGCUGAAACGUUGACUGCCUUUCAGCCUUGUUUCACCCUCGCGGGUAACUCAGUUUUGUAUGGGAUAUUGCUCGCAGGGUUUCAGCCUUGUUUCAGCCUCGCGCGUAACUCAGUUUUGAAUGGAAUAUUGCCCGCAGGGUAAAGUAUCCGCGAUACUUUAUACCCCUCUGGUUUAGGUGCUGCUGUGUCAUACGACAGCUUGUUGUCUUACCAAAUGUUUUUUGCAAACUUUUUCUUCUUCUCGCAUUCGAUCUGACUUCGCGCGUAAUUCUAACACAGCUUGGAUUCAACCAAUCCAGAAUGUGCAUUUGAUAUAAUUAUAUUAUAUGUGUGUUAUAGUGGAAACCCUCACACCGUGUUCCACCAACAAUUUUUGUUGGAGUGAUUUUAGCGUCACCGUACAGUCGUCGUUGAUCCAGCCUUGAACAUCGCUUAAGGCUUGCUGCGACAAUAUUUUCUGCCUGUUGCCACCACGUUUCUUGACUUCGACCUGAAAUGCUGUUUGGUAUUUUUUGACAAUACAAUGAUUUAUAUUCAGCAUUUGGCUAAUGGCAGCAUGAGUUGCUCCAUUUUCAUACGCCGUUACCACGCGCUCUAUAUCUUCGUUGCUCGCAGUCGAGGUACUUGCAACUGCCCCGUUUGCACUUUGAGCUAGUUCAGAGCUUUGGCUAGAGCUCAUGUUUGCUGAAAUGAAAAAUUGACGAUUUGAUUUAGAAAUCAGUUGAUGGAAUAUAUUGUAAAAGUUAGUAGGAGAAUAAAAUUGAACGCGAAUAAAAAAAAGUAUAACAGGGUUUUUUUUGGCGUGAUUAUCCUGGUGUUCGACAGCUCGCGACGCAUAUACAAAUUAUAAUAGUGUUUUAUUCAAGCUUACAAACGAGACUGACCUACGCGUCUAGUACUGUAGCCAGACGGGACGCGUGGCAGUUUUACUUACUACUACCUAUACAUUUAAUAGUUUCGAGAGAUACGUUGUAUCUCACGAAUAUUUUAAUAAUUUCUAUUAAGUCUAAUCUUACGUAUACUAACUUAACUUACAUCGAUCAUUUCAUAUUGCUACCUAACUUACAUAUCUUUCGGCUCGUUCGGGAUCACUCAUCAGUCCGGGGGUUACAUUAAGACUAAUUAAAAAUUAUUUCUGGUACACUAUUUUAAUAGCUGACUUGUAAUAUAUGCACCAACACUAACUUCAACUGUACUCUACAUUCCUCUCUUUUCUAAGCACAUUUCGCGUGUAGACGCAUAGACGCAAACACUUAAUUUUCCAUUUUUCGGAUAUUACGCUUACUUUAUCUCACCACACUGACACCUGCGCACACUUGGUAUUUAAUGCACACGCAAAAUUUACUAAUGUUCAAUGUCGCACAUGAGGAUUAUCUUUUUUUUAAAUGAUUUACACGCACACAUUUUAUAAUGCUCACUUACCUUACAUUUUCGGGUCGUACCUUAUUAUUUGCUGUUGCUAUCGCUUUGCCGUUGAUUUCACUGCCGCUGGCCUACUAGCCAGCCUGUAUGUCUCUCGGUUUAGGGUUUCUCUCUAUACUAUUGUCGUCGCUGCUAGUGUUGUUGCCGCUGAUGAUUCCAUCCUGCUACCACAUGGCUUAGUUUGUGGCGUUAGGUUGUCUUAAGCGCGAUGGCCGACACGAUUUUUCACUGGCGUCUUUGCAAUGGCGCACAUGACUCCUCGUCGUGUCGUCUGCGAUUGCGGAUUCACGGUGACUCACUAGCGAUGGCGGAAUCACAGUGAUCGCUUUGAUCACGGUGAAAAGUAGCACGAACUUCACCACGGUAAGUUAUCGGAGUCAUGUUUACAGUGUUGCCCCUGAGGAUUUUAUCACGUUCUCCGAACACGCUUGCACACUUAGCUGCUAAAGUUUUCAUUUUGGUAUUUCGCUUUCUGACUGUGCUAUUGGUAAGCCUUGCUAAUUUUACUAUAUACUAUUUUACUAUUCGCCUUUAAGCUCCUUCACAUUAUGUGAGAACGAAAAUAAAUGUAAUGUUUUGUUCUUUGACUUAAUCAACAAACGAACAACUAACUUACUGCAAUUUAAAAACAAAUAAUCUGUGAACUAAGCUCACUAAAGAAGACGUGUUUUCGAGUGGCUCUCCAUGAACUUUUUCCAUAUAUUUUACGAAACAUACAGCUAGUUCGUAUUGCAGAGUUAGCUACGCCUGAAUCACAUUCUUAGUAGUGAUGGAUAAAUUAUAAAUUUUGCCGGAGUCGG